UAAAUAAUCACAGCAGGGAGGACUUGCUGCAAUGACCCAAACAGUCUGAUCCUCUGGUCGUCUUGUGAUGGAGCUGAAGGUCUGGGUGGAUGGGAUCCAGCGGGUCGUAUGUGGUGUCUCAGAUCAGACCACAUGCCAGGAGAUCGUCAUAGCAUUGGCACGUGCCAUUGGUCAGACAGGCCGGUACGUUCUGAUCCAAAGACUACGUGAGAAGGAAAGGCAGCUUCUCCCACACGAAUGCCCUGUGGAGUCUCUGGCCAAGUGUGGACAGUAUGCCAAUGACGUGCAGUUCAUCCUGCAGCGCACGGGCCCCAGCCUCACGGAGAGGCCUUCUUCGGAUAGUGCCCCCCAAAUACCCGAGAGGACGUUUGUCAGGGCUAGCCUGCCUAUCAAACCUCGGCCCGCCAGCACAGAAAUGCCCAGGCCUAGGCCACCCAAAAAAUCCUUAACCUUCAACCUGGGCCCUAUGAGCUCGAACGAUCUGCUUGCAAAGAGCAAGCUGAGGCAGUUCAAAAAGGACCCGGUGAGCUUGCGGGAUGGUGCCAAUGGGGGCUUCCUUUCCAAAGAUGAGCUGUUCAAGACUGUCUUGCACCAGCAGGAGCAUCUCUACACCUUAGAGAUGAAGGGGGGCGACUUGGAAAUGGAUCUCAGGCACCGGGAAUGUAGCCGAAACGCCAGCCCGGAAGGGGAGGUUCUGCGUUUGGAGCAGCUGAUCCGGCAAAAUGAGAGCGAGCUGAAGGAGGAGGAGUAUUGGCAGCGUGAGCUGCGGUCAGAAAAGGAAUGCGAAAGGGAACGGCAAGAGAAAGUGCGCAGCCUGCAGGCCACCAUGGAGGAGUACACGGAAAAAAUCCACGAGCUGACACUCAAAACGGAGGCCUUGGAGAAAGAAAUCCAAUGGGAAAUCGCUGAGAGGGCCAAGAGGGCAAAGGAAGCUCCUAUUCAGAGCCCUGCUGAACUAGAGGAGAUGGCGGCGAUAAUGAAAAGGGACCUGGAUGCCAAGCUCAAGCAGAGCAUCCAGCUGGACAACAGUAUGGAAACGGUGGGGAAGGCUUUGGAGGAAGCGGAGCAGAGCCUUCAGACCCAGAACCAAGAGCUGGAGGAACUAAAUAAGGAGCUGAGGCAGUGUAACUUGCAGCAGUUCAUCCAGCAGACGGGAGCCAUGGUGACUGUCCCUCAGCCCAGAUCAGAGGCGGAACCCCAGCUGGAUCAGACUAGCCAUGAGCUGCCGGCUCACCAGAGAAAUGGAGAUCUGUCCGAUCCCAGCGCAGAUUCACCUCCCAGAGCUACAGCCAAGCAGUUCCUUGGCAAUCCACGGAACCUACAGAACCCCCUGGUGUCCAGCUUGAACCCCGAGGUCAUACCAACAAGGCAGAGCACCUGGAGGUAAAAAGGCCAGCCAAGGAGGACUGAUUGCCUUGCGAGUAUAACUAUAUAGAAAUAAAACCCUAUUUCAUGUAUGUAUUUUGACUUUUUUUUUUUUUAUCACGGAUGGAUGUAGAUGGUUAUGCAAAAACAUUUUACAGACUUUUUAAAAAGAAGAAAGCUUAACCCAUUUGGAGUAAACG